CCGCUUCGCCUCAGCCGCCAAAAAUACCCGGAUGGCGGGUGGGGAGACGCGCGUGCCCGCGAGAGGCAGGCUGGCUGUCGCCCGGGGUUGGGGAAGGGCGUCGCUAACCGCGCCUGAGGCAGGCUGGCCGUGAGGGACUGACGGAGGAGCGCUGCCGUUGCCGCCGCCAUUCGCUCCUCAAGGAGAACGAAACAACACAACAAAACAUCCAGAUCAGACCUUAUUUUGGAGCUGGCUGUUCACCAGGCUGAUGCUGUGAUCUGUUGUGUGCUGAAAUGUCUCGGGGUGACCAAGAAACGAAAUGAUUGGAAACAGCGGCUCCAGCAACCUCUGCAGGCACAUCUGUACCCAGCACUGCCACGGCUGCCUGCCCAGCAGACCCGGUUACAAGAGCCAGAGGGAUGGUUGUAGUCACAGGGCAGAACAAAGUGAGUGGAUGCCCGGGCGAUGCCAUGUCAACCUCGGACGCAGAAGAUGAUUUCCAAGAGCCGGCUACUCCGACGGCCACCCAGGCGGAGCACGCCCUGCCCCUUCUUCCUCAGCAGUUCCCUGAAGUGGUUCCCUUGAACGUUGGAGGCAUGAAUUUCACUACCAGGCUGUCGACAUUGAGGCGCUAUGAAGAUACCAUGCUGUCGGCCAUGUUUAGCGGCCGGCAUUAUAUCCCGACUGAUGGCGAAGGCAGAUACUUUAUUGACCGAGAUGGAACGUUCUUUGGAGACGUGCUUAAUUUUCUGCGGUCUGGUGACUUGCCUCCCCGGGAGCGAGUGAGGUCAGUUUACAAGGAAGCUCAGUAUUAUUCAAUAGGACCUUUGCUAGAAAGCCUAGAAGAGCUCCAACCCCUUAAAGGAGAGAAAGUCCGGCAGGCUUUCUUGGGCUUGAUGCCCUAUUACAAAGAUCACUUGGAGCGGAUCGUCGAGAUUGCUAAGCUAAGGGCCAUGCAGAGAAAGGCCCGGUUUGCCAAGCUGAAGAUCUGUGUCUUCAAGGAAGAAAUGCCCAUCACACCAUACGAGUGCCCGCUGUUCAACUCCCUGCGCUUUGAGAGGAGCGACGGUGAGGCCAAACUCUUCGAACACCACUGCGAAGUAGACGUGUCUUUCGGACCUUGGGAAGCCGUGGCAGAUGUCUAUGAUCUCCUCCACUGCAUUGUGACUGACCUCUCCAACCGGGGCAUCACCGUAGACCACCAGUGCAUUGGGGUGUGUGACAAACAUCUGAUCAACCAUUACUACUGCAAGCGGCCCAUCUAUGAAUUCAAGAUCACGUGGUGGUAAGCUCUUGGGCCCAUUUGAAGUCCUCUUCCUGGUCUUACUUCACUGACAACCAUGGGACGGUGAUCUUGCUCCGUGACAGAAAUUACCUUGUGAGGGAAUGUUCCCUCCAUUUCUUGCAGUGCAGCCGGUGGGAAUAUGUUUCAGACACUUCACUUCGAAAAAAAAUCUAUUGGGAAGGAAGCAUGCCAAUGUAGGAACUGGAUACUAUCUUAGCUACAGAAUACCUCAAUGUGCUUGCGUUGAGGUUUUGAAGGAGUCCUUUGCUUUCAACCUUUAUUCCUCUGCACUACAGAGGUGGCCAAUAGCAGUAACACAAGCCGUUGCAUCAUCUUUCCAAGGAUUUGUCCCGCCUCCUGCCCCCAGACUGAUAAAUGGCUUUUACUUCGUUGUGUGGUGUCAGAAUUAUGCAGCAAGCACUUUACCUCACACAAUUGUCACUUCUGCCUAUGUGACUUUGUCGUCGUGAUUUGGAAAGCAGAGGGCUGAGGUUUCUUUCAUAGAUGCUGAUGUGAUUCAGAAAUAAUUUAAUACAAUAAUCUGUGUUGAUUCUGUAUACAAAACCCUACAUUUUUAGUGUGGGUUUCUUUUUUAUCACUCCUUUAAUUGUGAACCUGGAUUUGUUAGCUAUUUCCAGUGCUGAAAUGUAACUUAUUUCUAUUUCUGCGACCAAAAAGGGCGAUUUUUGUUUGUUUCCUGGAUGCCUUACAGUGCAUUCCAGCUGUGUAGACUGCGUUCUUUAAAGAGCUGAGACAGAACUAUUUCUUUUUAAAAAAUGGUUUCCACUGAAACUUCAGCGGUUGGCGUGUGUGGAUGAAAUUUUCUCCGUUAAGGGGUAGUUUAUCUUGCAGAGAUUGGUUUAAAGCCUUUUACUGAGCCAGCCUUCGGGCUUUCCCCAGAUUCUAAGGCUGAGAAAGAAUGCCAGGAGACACACCGAGUAUGGUAUCCUUACCCACAUAACAAAGGGCCAAGUCCCACUGAGACAGAACAUUUCCAAAGUUGAGUUGCUUAAUUGUACCAACUAGUAUUGGCUGAAAUUAAAACAGGCAAGCUAAGGUCCUGCGCCUGCUAUGUCUGCAAAAGUUUGAAUCUGUUUGAAACGACCAGAUUGAGCCCACAGAACAAAAAGGGUUGCUUGAUCUUAGUGCCGCAGUAGAAGCAGCCUUGUGUCUGUCUAGUUCCCUACAGAGAAAAUCCUGCCACCUCCUAAGGCUGACAAAGAGAACUUUCCUUCUGCCGAAAUACUAGAACUGCAGGGCAUCUGAAAAGGCUGGUUCAGGACAGACAAAAGAAAUACUUCCGCAGUCAGUGAUUCAAAUGUAGCGAUGGCCACAGGCAUAGAUGACUAAGAGGGAAUUCAACAGAUACAUGGAGGAGGAGUCUUAUCAGCUGCUCCUAGGUAUGGUGACUCAAGGGCCGUCAACCUCUGAAUCCCAGUGCCAGAAGACAACUUUAGGAGAAAGCCUUGGCCUCUGUGCCUUGCUGUUGGAGCUGCAAAGGAACUGGUUGACCAGUGAGGGAACCAGGAUGCUGGGCUAGAUGGACCACUGGUCUGAUCUAGCAGGGCUUUUCUUACGUAUGAUACUAUCAAAAAUCCCAAAGGGCCAAGAGUUGAAGUUAGAUAGUUUGCUCUUAAGCCAUAUCAGCUAGACCAGGGACUGACUCUCCCCAUCAGGCUUCUGUUCCCUUCCUGAUCACGCUUGCAUAGUUCUUGGUUGCUCUUGGUGACUGUCAAAACUUGACUCCCAAGUCCCAGCAGAUUUGGUGGCUUUUUGCCCAUGAGCACUGUGAUUGGGAGACCAGCGAGGGUGCGGGCCAUGUGAGGGUUAAGACUGGGAAAUUGUCUGCUCUUUCCCACAACCAGACUGCCAAGAGUAUAAUAUAAAUGGACCCAUAGUAGGCUCUGCUGCACCGAAUGGGUGGCGACAAGCCGGGUAGUUGGUGCUGGCUAUUUGCAUAGUCCUGACCCAAAAGACCCCUUUGUAUUUAUGACUGAUUAAAUCUCACACGUCAGGAGAGGCACACUGUUGAAUAUAGGAUUUUGGAUGUUGCUGCAACUUCCUGUUACACUAAAAGGACAUCACUCAGUUCUUGAGAGAAGACCUAGUUCUGUUGUCUGUGAAUCUUAACACCUGUUUUGUACAAAUAAGCUGUCAUUUAUUUAUUUAUGCAGAGAAAGAGAGGGAAAAUAAUUUUUUUAAAAAUUCUCAUUCCUUACCUAGAUCUGGAACAAGAUUUUGUUGUGACUGUUAUUUAAAGAUUUUUUUUAAGCAGGGAAAAAAAUCACCAUUAUUAUUAAGAUUUCUCUAUGCAUUGCCUUUAAUGCCUUUGAAAACACCGGAGAUGUAAACGAAAGGUUGCGUUGAAAUAAAUUGUUGAAACUGGUGGGCCUUGCGCAUACACAAUUCAGUUUUGUGUUUGUUUUUCUUCCUAUAAUCUGUAUUUUGUAUUAAAAUGUGUCAUGUGUUUGUGUUGUUCAAUAAAUUAUCUCCAUAUGAUCAUCUAA